AUGUCGCUCUCGCUCUACCCGACCGUGUCGUCAUCCAAGACAAUCAACGGUCUGCCUUGGUCGCUCGCGAGCUCAUUUCGGGAACGCAACAUCAGCCUGCCUAACUUUGCGCAACUGCGCACCAAGGAGCUUCGAUCGGGACAUCGACAAUCGGUUCGCGGGCUGGGGUGGUCGGUGGAUGGUCGCAAGCUCGCUACGUGCGGUGCAGAUCGGACGGUGCGCAUCUGGGUUCCAGAGAGGUCGAUUGACCAUCGGGCGAGUACGGAGCUGCGCGGGCAUGCGGAUAGCGUGGAUCAGCUCGUGUGGAAUCCGGUGCUGGCGGAUGUGCUGGCUACGGCAAGCGCGGAUAAGACGGUGAGGAUAUGGGAUACGCGCGUCAAAGCCAGUCAAGGCGCGUCAACGACGAUCGGUACGCCUGGAUCCAACAUCAACAUCAGCUACCAUCCGUCGGGCAAGUACUUGGCGGUGGGCGAUAAGACGGAUACGGUGUCGAUUGUGGAUACCCGCACGCACUCGAUUGUGCAUACGGUGUGCACACGUCGUGCAACGCCACCGGCAGAUUCGACUUGCACGCAAAGCACCGUGCUCAAUAGUCACGACGAGAUCAACGAACUCGCAUUUUCAGCCGACGGCUCGCUGCUCCUCCUCUCGUCUGGCUCCGGCUCGAUCCAUAUUCACCACACCGAUUCCUCACCUCAACCGUACGCGAGGAUCCAUUCGCAUCCCGCACAUACAGCCAACGUCUUCUGCUUGCAACCCGACCCGCUCUCGCGCUACAUCGCUACCGCUUCGAGCGACUCGAUGAUCUCGCUCUGGCACUCGACCGAAUACGUCUCACUAAAAAUGCUCACCACUCUCGCGUUCCCCGCUCGCGCUAUCGGCUUCAGCUUUGACGGCGAGCUGCUCGCCGCAGGCGGAGAAGACGCGUUCAUCACCAUCAACGCUACCUCGCCCAGCAUUGUCGGUAACGACGAGCUAGCUACCAUCGCGCUAGGCCCAGGCACCAUGAUCAACACGCUCGCUUGGCAUCCCUCCAAGUACGUGCUCGCCUACGCUGGCGAUGAGGCGCAGCAAAAGGAUACGGGCACAGUCAGGGUUUUCAACCUCUGA